CCGGCUCCGUCCAUGUUCUGCUCACCUUCGUUGACGGCACCUUCAUCUUCUCACCAACUCUCACCGCUGUUCAGAGCGCCGCCAUGAUUUUGGAUCUUCCCCCGGAGAUGCGUCUUCGCAUAUACGAAUAUCUGCUGGCCGCCAUCCCACUCUCUACUCCGCCCUCGCAAUUCACCGGUCUGCUCUUUUCGUGUCGACAAAUACGUCAUGAACUGGAGUAUCUUGUGGUCACACGUAUGCGAGCCCAUUUUCUCGACAUCCAACAACGAUGUGCUGCAAUGGAUAACGAUAUCAUCUUCGCGCCCAUGACCACAUUCAACGAUGUGUACAACCUGAAGGUGUUCCGCGUCCCAUGCCCAAGGCUUUUCAACCGCAACGACCCUUUCAUGGCGCUAUUCUAUCUGUAUCUAGGUACUUUCACGAUCAAGCUAAGACGCGCCGCUUUCGAGAAUGGCCUUGAUGAUGCGGUUGCCUACCUUCAAGCACCCACCGUGUACGUUAGGAAGCGGCCCCCAUCCGCCAAAUAUGAUCCGACCUUCCCAGGCUCUGUCUCGGUGGAAACCCGAUGGCAUUUCAGAUACAACUACAAUCUCAACCGGUGGAUCGGUAGGCGCGGUCCAAACGAGAACACGCCGGCUGCAAGGCGCAUCAUUUGCGAGUGGUCUACAGAACCCACCGUGGGACGAGAGGGAAGGUUGUGUAUCAUUACUGCUAGGAUCAUGGACGUCGAGGGACUAUGGAAGGCGGAGGUGUUAGAAGGUGAGAUGGAGGGGAUGUUGGUGGGUGUGGAAUACUCCAGGACGGUCAAAAACGGUGGAGAUCGCAUCUCACGCCUCCCACCCGCCUUGAUCAUUGGUCUUCGCGAUGAAGCUCGCGAUCCAUCUUCGCAUAUCAGUGGAAACAUUGACGAAUAA